UCUGCUUCUCUCUCGCACCGCCCCUCCCGAGCUCUCAGCUCCGCGCCGCCGCGAGCAUCCGCUCCGCAAGAGCAGCGGCAGACUGCGCUCUGAAUCGGGACCGAUUGCACCUCUGGGAGACGAUAAAAAUUGAGACAAAUCCAAGAAAAAAAAAGUAGACGGAGGCAGCAGGAGUGGAAGAGGAGCAGAGGGGAGGAGAAGGAGGCGCCGACGCCUGUGCGGACGUGCGCCGCUGGAGCCUGCGUGGCUGCACCGCCGCCCGCCCGCCCGUUGCCUUGUGACGCCGUCACCAGUGCUGUGCGACCGGAAUCCCGGGCAUUCAUUCCGGCGGCGGACAUCAACGUGCGCUGACGUUGAGGCAGCAAUCCUCGCAAGCCUGCUUUGUACCUGGCGCUCGUUUGAAGCCGCCGCCGCCGCCACAUCGCCCCGAUCAAUAAACGGCAGAGAUGAUGAGAUAACGUCCCACGUCCCAGCUCUCCCAAACCGCAACUCCUCCUCCGCUUUCCUCAGGCCGUAAGGACCCUCUGCCACUUUGAUGUGUGAGCCCAGAGAUGGCCCGACAGUGGAAGAGGAGCUGACAACUUCCUGGUUUGAGUCCACCUGACAGUCCACCAACACACCUGAGACUACAGUGAGUUGACCAUGAGGCUGCUGUGGAAGUCCCUGGACAAGAUGAGAUGUCUGAGGAAGCGCUCGGCCAUCCCCUUCCUCGGCUUCCUCAUCACGUUCCUCCUCUUUCUCAACCUUUACAUUGAAGACGGAUAUGUGCUGGAAGAAGAUAAGAGGCAGCUCAGGGAGACGUCGGCCCACCUCCCGAGCGCAGAGCGAUACGUGCACACCUUCCGAGACCUCGGUAAUUUCUCCGGAUCCAUCAACGUCACGUACCGCUACCUGGCCGGGACUCCGCUCAACCGCAAGAAGUAUCUGACCAUCGGGCUGUCGUCGGUGAAGAGGAAGCGAGGGAACUACCUCCUGGAGACCAUCAAGUCCAUCUUUGACCAGUCCAGCUACGAGGAGCUGAAGGAGAUUGUGGUGGUGGUCCACCUGGCUGACUUUGACUCCGUGUGGUGCGAGAACCUCCUGCAGGAAAUCAGCCGCAAGUUCUCGCACCACAUCAUCGCCGGCCGCCUGCUGGUGAUCCAGGCUCCCGAGGACUACUACCCGUCCCUGGACGGACUGAAGCGGAACUACAACGACCCCGAGGACCGGGUGCGCUUCCGUUCCAAGCAGAACGUGGACUACGCCUUCCUGCUCAACUUCUGCACCAACCUGUCCGACUUCUACAUGAUGCUGGAGGACGACGUGCGCUGCUCUCGUAACUUCCUGACGGCGCUGAAGAAGGUGAUCGCCUCCCGGGAGGGAUCCUACUGGGUGAUGCUGGAGUUCUCCAAGCUGGGCUACAUCGGGAAGCUCUACCACGCGCGGGACCUGCCGCGCCUGGCGCACUUCCUGCUCAUGUUCUACCAGGAGAUGCCGUGCGACUGGCUGCUUAUCCAUUUCCGCGGGCUGCUGGCCCAGAAGGACGUGAUUCGCUUCAAGCCGUCGCUCUUCCAGCACAUGGGCUACUACUCGUCCUACAAGGGUGCCGAGAACAAGCUGAAGGAUGACGACUUUGAGGAAGACGCGGUGGACAUACCCGACAACCCGCCGGCGCGGCUCUACACCAACAUUGACAUCUUCGAGAACUACGACGCCGUCAAGGCCUACAGCGCCGUGGACGAGUACUUCUGGGGCAAGCCCCCGUCCACCGGAGACUUCUUCGUGGUGGUCUUCAACAAGUCGGCCAAGAUCAGCAGGAUCAAGAUCGCCACGGGAUCCGAUGAUAGACAGAGCGACAUCCUGCGCCGUGGCGCUCUGGAAGUCGGCGAGAAACUGGUGGGCACCAAGAAGGGAAAGCAAUGUUCGUCGUACAUCACCCUGGGGGAGUUUAAGAACGGUAACAUCGAGGUCCGGGACGUGGACCACAAGAUCAGUUUUGAUGUGGAGUGUGUGCGUAUCGUAGUGACAGCCGCUCAGAAGGAGUGGCUCAUUAUCAGAAGUAUAAGUUUAUGGACGACACCUCCGCCCAGCCAAUGAGGAAGACGUGCGGACAUCGUCGGCAACAAUUUCUAGAAAUGUAAAUAUUUCCACUCCGAUGUAAGCGUUUUAUACGUACGUAUUUAUUGAUUUGGAUUGCUAAAUGUUUUUGUUUUUAUACGAGCAAGUCUCAGAUUCUCUGAAAUGAAAAGGUAUUGAAAUGAACUUUACAAAGUAUUGACUAUUGUUAAAAAGCUACUGAAUGUAAAGUUGUCGUCGUGGUUUUUACAAAUGUAUUUCAGCACCAGUUGUAAAAGUGAGAAAAGAGCGUUCGGCAUUACGCUUUGCUUUGUGUUGACAAUCAUGAAGCUUGGCCAUUUUGAGUCGAGGAAAUCUGCUUCCUUCCGAUCGGGACUCAUUUGAAGCAAUUCUCUGCUCGGAACCAAUCUGAGCCGCAACUUCAAAACAAAAUGAAUAGCUUGAGAUCAAUAUAAAAGCAUGAGUCAUUGAGAAUCCAGCCCAAAAUAGCUGCUUCAAACCAAAAUGGCCAAAUUUCUUCUCACUUUCAAUUUUGUCAUCAUUGUGUCCACCACGUCACUUCACACAUCCAUCCAAAUUCGUUUCUUGGUGUCGCGAAACUUUCCAAAUAUUGAACAGGAUUUUACAAGCUGUUCCAUUUUACUCCAAGGUAUUUUUCCUUAUGCAUCACCGUACGCAUCUUCUUUAAAAAAAUAAAUAAAAAAGUUGUAGUGGUUAUUAGGAAGCGCAAUACAACAGGCUGUCCUUGAGAACGCCGUCCAAUUACUUGAAGUAAUUGCGUCUUUCGAAGCCUUUCAAGACGGAUAACAAGGCAGCAAAGUGUCGCUGUGGGAUUCCCGGCAGGCCUCGUCCCCCGUUUGGCCCUUAAUGAGCUCCCGCACCGCUAAGCUACCAGGAGGAGCGCCAUCUUGAGGUUCUUGGCACUUUGGAUAUUCACUUUGAAAGCCAUCGCCACCCACUCCCCCCACCUCUGUGUCACCGCGUCUGCUCCGUGUUAUGUCAAAGCGGCUGACAGGAGAACACUGUUUGUUUUUUCCACUGGAGAUGAGAUUGCUCAGUGAAAAACGAGCCAACAGUGCUGUUCUUUUUUUUUUUUUCCAAUAUAAGCUCAGCAGCACAAUUUUCCCGCAGUAAAAGCUCUCUCUUAGGACAAAAUAAAGACCUUGGGAAAAGCCAAUUCAGAACCAAAUAGCAGACUUCCCGUGUCUUUUCAAGAAUGGCUUCUUGAGACUUUUUGUGGGUCUACUCAUAAUAGACAAGCCUACCAAAUGUCAUGAUGCUAAGUGAGACGAGCUUCGGGGUCUGAAUAAAAAAUUAAGCAGAUAAACUACCCUGUUUUACUGAACUCAUCAAAAGUCACUGCCAUGCUCCACUAGAAAAAAAAAAAAGUUUCACACUUAUUACCCAUCUGUGUAGAAAAUUUGAUCAAAUCCGUCGUCGUAGGGUCCCGGGAAAUGGUCUUAAUGACCUGAGUCUGACCUUAGCUUAGGUGGCAGUCUGAAGUCACAAUGUUGGUCAUGUGACGCAUGUAACACGUGCAUGAAGUGAUGGUGAAAUCUUUUCCCGAUCCGUGUUUUCGUACAAGACGACGUGAUAUCAUUCUUUGUCUUGACUUGCGUCUUUCUCGUUGCUGCUGUACUGUAAGAUGACGCAUAUUUAUUUUUGUACCACACGUUGUACGAUGAUGUUGUGUUGUAAAAAGGAGCCGGAUUAAACCCAUGAAUGCUCGGUGUCAUGUUUGCCUUGCUUGACCGCACAAUUUGGACCCAAACGUAAAAAGCGUACGCGACAGAAAUAAUUUUGGGGUGACAUUUGCAGCUGGUUGAAGCAUCCUGAGACUUCACGUUUAGCCGCCAGCUAAGAACAUACAUUAUUCAUUUCAAGAUUCAUAAUAUGCUUUUUUUUUCUUUUUUUCUCCUCCUCCUGCUGAAGAGCAUCCAUAAUGAACGCUAGAGGGGACACGCUCAGGCUUUUUGUUUUGAUUUGCAUAAGAGACACACGGUAAUACCUUUACAACUGAAUUCUAUAUUUACGGUAUUUUGCUAGAAGUUGCGCUGGUAGAAUUGGGCAUAAU